AUAACACUUUAAAUGAAGCAAAGGUACCGAGUCCAAUAAAAAAAUCAAAAUCUCUACAUUUAAAUUUUGAGAAGAGUAAUUCUAAAGUGGAUUUGGAUAAGCCAGUGCCAAUGUCAGUGGAUUCCACGCCUUUAAGUGAUUUACCUGUGCUUGCCACCCCAUUAAGUGAUUAUCCCAGAAGCGUAACACCCAGUAGCAUGUUUUUGAGCGUUGAAACGAAAAUGGAUAGUUUACCAAAUACAGCUGAUGUUCAAAAGCGUCUUAUACCUUUACUGACUCAGUUGAAGUUAGCGAACAACGAAAUAUUGAAGUAUUUUAUUGAAGAAUUAAAGUACCUAAAACACUUAGAGAGUCUCAGGUCGUAUUUUUUUCUCCAAGAUGGCGAAUUUGGCAGGAACAUUACUGAAAAUCUGUUUGAAAAACUGUAUAAUGCUAAUUUUCCUUUGGAGUUAAUUAAUUGUAGAACUUUGCAGCAUUUAGUUUUCAGCGCAUUGGAUAAUUCCAGUAGAUUUCAAGAGAACUCUAACUAUCUUUCAUUCAAAAUUAAUAGUUUGCCGAAAUGUUUCGAUUUGGGCGAUCCGGACGUUUUAGAUUGCCUGUCGUUGACGUACAAAGUGAAAUGGCCUCUUAACAUUUUGCUGCCGUCUGACACGGUGUCAAAAUACGAUCAAGUUUUUAAAUUUCUGGUAAAACUAAACAGGGUGUCGUGGGUAUUGAAAAAAAUAUUUUUAGAACUGAAAGUACUGGCAAAAGAAACCGGCAAAAAGGAAAUAUAUUUGAUGUCUUCACCUCAGUAUAGAAAGUUACAUCAGUGUCGACACGUUAUGACACAUUUUAUGCAAACCUUUCAGAACUAUAUCGUCGGUGAAGUGCUUCAACCUAGCUGGGAAUUGUUUGAAAGAAGCCUAGAACAUGUAACCAAUCUGGAUGAACUCUAUUCAGCUCACAUUACUUACAUCAAGAACAUAUUAUUUAGGUGUAUGCUUAAUCAAAAGUCAGUGGCUCUCAGGAACAUAAUCCAAAAGAUUUUUAUAGUUAUGAUUAAGUUUUACGACUAUCUCAGAUCCAGACAUUGGGUUUGUGAAGAUGGAUUGUAUGUCCAUCCGAAUUUCAGUAAACUGGAUAAAAUUUUCAAAAACUUUGAAGAUUUUGUUGUAUACUUUUUUAAAGUUGCCCAAAAAGUAACAAAGAGUGGAUACCAGCCUUUUUUAAUUCAAUUUUUAGAUGUUCUUAAUGUUAAUGAUUAUUACUCAAAGAAGUUGCUUAAAAAUACUUAAAUAAUUUACGCGCUUGUUAUUUAUUUUGCUGUUA